CCUUGCUCUUAUAAAAUCAAUUCUCGUUUUAGCUUUUGUAUUCCCAUUUCGCGUUGGUACAAAGCUUCCUUUGCUUUUCUCUCUCUCUCUCUCUCUCUCUCUGCGGUUUCUGGCACCUGAAACUUUCAUUUCCAAAGGGGGAUCCACAGGCUGAAGGAGAAAUGGGCCUGACAUUCACGAAGCUUUUCAGUCGGCUUUUUGCCAAGAAGGAAAUGCGAAUUCUGAUGGUUGGUCUUGAUGCUGCUGGUAAGACCACUAUCCUCUACAAGCUCAAGCUUGGAGAGAUCGUAACAACAAUUCCUACCAUUGGGUUCAAUGUGGAGACUGUGGAAUACAAGAACAUUAGCUUCACUGUCUGGGAUGUUGGUGGCCAAGAUAAGAUUCGCCCCUUGUGGAGGCACUACUUUCAGAACACUCAGGGUCUUAUAUUUGUCGUAGACAGCAAUGACCGGGACAGAGUUGUUGAGGCCAGGGAUGAGUUACAUAGAAUGUUGAACGAGGAUGAACUGAGAGAUGCAGUUCUGCUUGUGUUUGCCAACAAACAAGAUCUUCCUAAUGCGAUGAAUGCUGCUGAGAUUACUGACAAGCUGGGUCUCCACUCUCUCAGACAGCGCCACUGGUACAUCCAGAGCACCUGUGCAACCUCUGGGGAGGGCCUUUAUGAAGGUUUGGACUGGCUUUCCAACAACAUAGCCAAUAAGGCUUAAUGCUUUUGGGGAUUCUUGUGGAUCGGUUAUUCUGGAUGCAGGGGUGAAUAUUAUCUAGCUUUUAUUUCUUGGUCCUCUUCCGAGACAACUUGAAUUUGUGUUCGUGUAUUGUGGUUUAGGACAUCCUGGUGGCUCAAAUUGUAGUAGGAAUUUGUUUCAUGGGAUGUGUAAUACUUCUGAGCUUUCUACUGGGUUUGGAUGCGACAUUCAUAACUGUAAUGGAUAUACUUAUUGAAAGCGCCGUCAGGUUCUGAUUUAUAGUUGUAUUUUGGUCAUAUACCUUUCGUAUAAUGAGGAUUUUGUUUAUUGUUUGCAAGUUACUGGGGAAAAGAAAAAACUUUGCUCAUAUGGCCAUUGGGCUUUUAUCUGUGA